UAAAUAUGAUUUAGUUGACUUGCAGCAGGUUCAGUGCAUUGCGCUAGCUCGUCAUCUGCGGUUGUUGGUGUAACGUUACGUGCAGGACUGUUUUAACGUUACUUCCUCGGCGCAGGGAGGCGUAGAACCACCAGUAUGAACCAGAACUAGCGUAGAGCAAAGGCAGCAGGGGAGGAAAAAAAAAGCUGGCUCCUUGUGGCAGCAGAGCUUUGAACAUCGGGCUAGUGAGACGGUAAAAGAAAAAACUGGAACGCAACCACGGAUUUCUUGUGGGACAAACGUACAGGCCUCGCUGCUAAAACGAUGCCUCACACUAGACGGUACACGUCUUCAGACAGAGACAGUAGAAGCAGCUACCAAGAUCGUUACAGAGAAAGAGGGCGAAGACACCGGCACAGAAGAUCACCUUCUUACUCCUCCAGCAGUGACAGAGACCGAGACAGAAGGGGACGGGGACAAAGACAAGAAGGAAGCUUUGUGCGCUCAAGGAGUCGUAGCUAUGACAAUCGCUCUACGGAGAACCGGCCAUUUGACCGAAGAUACGAGGGAUACAGGCGCUUGGAUCAGAGCCGAGAUAAAGACCGCGACAGAGAAAGGGAGCCACAUGGAGCAGCUGAAAGUUACUAUCCACGCGACUUCUCCCCAAUCAUGUAUGACUACCGACGUGGACGCGAGAGGGGUCGUGAACGGGAAGAGUCGUACCGGCGGAAAGGCAGCAGGCGUAAGCACAAACGAAGGCGGCGUAGAACCAGGUCCUAUAGCCCAUCCUCCUCGCGGAGUGACAGCCGGACGAGGGCACUGAGUGUGAGGGACGACGAGGAAGGGCACCUGAUCUGUCGGAGUGGGGACGUCCUACAAGAGAGAUAUGAGAUUGUCAGCACUUUGGGGGAAGGCACUUUUGGGAGGGUGAUGCAGUGCAUAGACCAUCGCAGGGGAGGAGCCCAUGUUGCUCUGAAGAUUAUCAAAAAUGUGGAGAAGUACAAGGAAGCAGCUCGCCUGGAGAUAAAUGUACUAGAGAAGAUCAAUGAAAAGGACCCUGAUAACAAAUUCCUCUGUGUACAGAUGUAUGACUGGUUCGACUACCACGGUCACAUGUGUAUCUCCUUUGAGCUGCUAGCUCUCAGCACCUUUGACUUUCUAAAGGAAAACAACUACCUGCCCUACUCAAUUGGUCAGGUCAGACAUAUGGCCUACCAAAUCUGUCUUUCUGUGAAGUAUCUUCAUGACAGUAAACUGACACACACAGACCUGAAGCCUGAAAACAUUUUAUUUGUCAACUCCGACUUCACAAUGUCGUUCAAUGUAGAGAAGAAGCGAGAAGAGCGGACGGUUAAGAGCACGGCAGUACGUGUGGUGGACUUUGGCAGUGCCACUUUUGACCACGAGCACCACAGCACCAUUGUGUCCACGCGGCAUUACCGUGCUCCCGAGGUCAUACUAGAGCUGGGCUGGAGCCAUCCCUGUGACGUUUGGAGCAUUGGCUGUAUCCUGUUUGAGUACUACCUGGGCUUCACCUUGUUUCAGACUCAUGACAACAGGGAGCAUUUGGCAAUGAUGGAGAGAAUCCUGGGACCAGUGCCCUCUAGGAUGAUUCGUAAAACGAGGAAGCAGAAGUAUUUCUAUCGUGGCCGUCUGGACUGGGACGAAAGCUCCUCAGCGGGGAAAUACGUCAGAGAAAACUGCAAACCGUUGCGGCGGUACUUGCUUUCAGAGGCGGAGGAGCACCACCAGCUGUUUGACCUUAUUGAAAGCAUGUUGGAGUAUGAGCCCUCAAAGAGACUUGUUCUGGCUGACUCCCUCAAACACCCGUUCUUUGAGAAUGGAGCAAUUAGCGAGGCAGGGAGCAGCAAAAACUGGGAGGGCAACCGCGACAUCAGCCGGUGACCUAUGAGCCUCCAAAGACUUAAUGACAGAGAAGAUCAAGUCUUUUUAUAUGUGGAGCAGGUGAACUGUUAAAUUAAUCGGGGCUUUGGAUGUUUUCUGUCGUUUGUCAAAGCAUGGACACCUUAACUUCUUGCUUCUCCAUCCUACCCCUCUGACGUCCAUCUCUGCAGCCACAGGAGGCAUGGUUUUGCAGCGGAGACCAAAAUACCCACAAAAGACAGGAAAAGAGUUGGAAAGAGUUAUUUUCUAGCUACCACAGCAGUAGUGGACAAACAUCGUAAAUGUAAGAUUGAUUGUUCCCAAAGUAGCCCUCUAUGCAGCUCCUGUCUUCCUUUUGACCUCUGAACUACCUGCUUCCUUUCCAUCCGUCCGUCAAUUUUUUUCAUCAGCAUGUAAUAAAAUGAAAACCCCUUUUUAUAAGGAAAUAAGCACUACAAAAACAGGUUACACAAAUACUCCGUGUUAGAGAAGAAAUGUCUUCCAAUUCUGAAGUCGAGGAAAGGGGAAAAAAGGAGAUAAAGCUGUAUAUGCAGCACAAGUCCUCACCCGCAUAAUUCUAAACAUGGAGACAUGCAAGAUAUUCUAUUAUGUUCACACCAAAUCAUUCACAUUGAAUAUCAUAUUUCUUUAGUAAUUGUAAGAAUCUCCAGCAGUUUCAAGUUUUUGUUAAGUGAGCACUUGUGUUGCAUAUAAUUUUUCAUGUUUCUUUUUUUUUUUUU